AUUAUAUUAUCGGAAAAGAAGGUAUUCAACCAGAUCUAGCAAAGAUCGAAAAAGUUAAAGAAUUUCCUAUGCCUAUCAAUCUUACAUUAUUAUGCAGUUUCAUUGAUCUCAUCUCAUACUACAGACGUUUUAUCAAAGACUUUGUAAAGAUAUCAGCACCACUCCAUAAACUAUUUAAGAAAAAUCAAUCUUAUAAUUGGAUGAAAAAACAACAGAAAGCGUUUGACAUAUUGAAGCAACAUCUUAUUUCACUGUUCAUUAUUGCUUACCCAGACUUUUCACAAUCAUUCACCCUAUUUACUGAUGUCUCUGAACUUGGAUUAGGAGUUGUAUUAGCUCAAUAUGAUAAUGAAGGAAAAGAAUAUGUCAUUAU